CGCUCGAGCCCGCAGACAGGUUUGUACCUUGGAGGUAAGCGUGGUGGCGUGUGAGUUUCAUUUGUUUUGUUAGCUUACAGCUGAACUGUGCCUCAUUCUGUCUGUCAAUGGUCUCGAACUGCGAGUCGUGUGCGGUGUUAAUGGCUGUUGCCUUGUGCAGUGUUCCGAAUAAAUGCGUCACGUCAGACGUGUUGUGUGAACGUACAGAAUGAUAACGUGAAUAGAGAUGUAGAAGGUUGAUUUUGUAAUGACUUUUAAAGGUUUACAUCCAAAAACGGCAACCAUAAAAUAGUAUUUCUAGAGCCAUAGUUAUCAGCAUGGAGACAGCGACUUCAGGAGGUGUCGACAGGAGCAUGGAAGCUUUCCUUCAGGAAAGGGCGCAACAGCUGUUCCUACUGACUGACCAAGAACGGAAAGGAUUCAUCGUGAAGCGAGAUAUGCAGAGAAUGCGCAGUGAGAUUCCGCUCACACCAGAGCAACUUGAAGCAGUGUUUGACUCCUUGGAUGUGAACAGAAAUGGUUACCUCACAAUUGAGCAAUUCCUCUCUGGCUUUGGUGAAUUCAUAGCUUCACAUCCAACUGAUUACUGGGAGGAAGGCAGUAUCAUGGAAUCACCUCAAAAGGAGAUCCAGGAACAUGAUGAACCUAUUGAGUAUCUUCUGAGAGAACUGGAGUCCAUCACCGUGCUACACAGUGUGGAGGUGCUAAGACAUCUGUGUCAGCAUGUGGAGAGGGAAACAAAUCCCCACAUCCAGAAUAAUUUGGAGAUCUUCCUUCAGCAACUGGUGAUGGACCUAAAAAGAUGCCAGGAGGAACAGAGGAACUUGGAGGAAGCUCUGAAAUUAAGGGAUGAUGAACAUCAAGCAGAAGUUCACAGAUUAUUUGAAGAAAUGGAGACCCAGCUUCGUGAGGAAAAAAAGAAUCACACACGACAUGAAGAGCAGAGGUUGAGACUGAGGUGCAUAACCCUUGAGCAGGACCUAGCAGAGAAGGAACAGCAGCUGCAGGAUGCACUGACCAGACAGCAGGAACUUGCAGAAAGAGUUCGCAUGCUCAGGUCCAGAGAGAUGCACAUCAAGGAGGAAAAUGAACGUUUGGUCAGGUCAAAGAAGGAAAUUGAAGCACAACUUCAAGCACAGAAUCGUGAAAUUAUGCAAGUACAGCGCAUCCUUGAUGAUGUAAGGCAAAAUGAAGCAUGGGAGAGACGCAAACAUCUUUCAACAGGAUUCAGACUUGCCAAGAGAAUCGUGCUCGAACAGCAAGGUUUAAUGCACCAGCUCCAAUUGCUGCAACAGAUAACCACAACACUUGAAGCAGAAGGGAAAGUGAAAAUUCCAGACAGGAACUGCCAAGACAACACUGGAAUUCAUUCCUCCAUCUCAUCAGUCACAUGGAAUGAUGCUCUGGAGAAGACACCUCCACAGUCUUGAUAGUGACUUCUUUGAGGAGGCUCAAGACCACGUGUGAAUAUGAGAAGUGCCUAUUUGACUAUAUGUAGAAUGCUUGGAGCCUGCUGAAGCUGCACCUGCAGAUGCAUUCUGUCUGAGGAAUGCAUUUUUUAAGACCUCACAUAAUUCAAGACAAGUUUCUCAUAGGAAUAAAUUUGCAUUAUUUGAAACUUUCUGCAAAAAGUGUGACCGCACUGUAUGGUACCAACAUUUCCAGGGGAGUCACCAAGCAUGCUGUGCCUGGAAAUAAUGUCACUGACACCUUUAACGAAAGUGAAAUUUAGUAGCUUAGACCAAGUGAACACUCUGAAUUUUGAAUUUUAGUUUGUGUUCCAUGUUGUUAUUUUAGGGCUGGCUCAGUUGUGGCAUUGUCGUGGGUGCUACUGAGAUUUCUUCCAAGAGGUGGAUGCCAGAUAAUUUGGUUACAUAUUAUAUUUAGGCCGAUAUUGUUGAGGAAUCCAUUAAAAGUUUGUGUAUUGAUGAUAGAAAAAAUUGAAGAUAUUAAAUUUUGGUAUAUUUCCUUCUUU